AUACAGGUUAAUAUUAUCAGUAAUAAAACUUAUACAGGUUAGAUUGAAAAUGAUGGACUAUUUUACAUUUAUCAUACUUUUUGGAUUUAUUUUACAAUAUUCAAAUGUCGAUUCGACUAGUAUGCAACCUACCGUUAAAAUUACCCAAAGUGAUCCACCACAUAAAAAUCGAUUAAUAAAAGGAGAAAUUGGUAAAGAUGUCUGGAUGCAUUGUACGGUUGAAAAUUUACCGAGAGAAUCGCAAGUAAAAUGGAAAUAUAGAUAUUUUAGUAAACAAGGCAGACCGGUAACAAAGGAGAUUUCAAGCAACUUUCAAAUUAAGGGAGAUAAUAUGAAAUGGGCUAUAGAGAGUAAUAGUGAUUUCUCUUAUAGAUUGCGCGUAAAGGCUUUACACAUUAACGACGAAGGUAAUUAUACCUGUUACGUCCAAAUUACUGACCAACAACAAGAGGCUAGAGAUACAAGAACUAUUGUUGCAAGACAAACACCAAUAUUUGACGGAGAAAAAACUAGUAGCGACGAGAACGUUGCAGAGGGUGAUGAAGAUGUUGUACUGCAAUGUUUCGCUACCGGACGUCCCUCACCAACAAUAGUAUGGAGAAGGCAGGGAAAUGCUGUCCUCCCUCCUCCCGGUGGUGUUGAGAGAUUGGGAAACAAACUAUUGAUUAAAGAAGUGAAUUACAGAGAUAAAGGAAUGUACUUUUGUACGGCGUACAACGAGAUGGGUGUUAUUAAGAGAAAUGUUGAAUUGAAAGUUAGAUACGAACCGAAAGUAACUCAAGCAGAACUUCGAAUUGGACAAGCUCUUGGAUAUCAAAGAACUUUAAGUUGUUUUAUUGAAGCCAAUCCCACACCUUCCACGGAUACAGGAACGUCGGAAUUAGCCUGGAAGAAAGGCACUCAAAUUUUAAAAACAAACGAUCGUAUGAAAACAAAGGCUAUAGCUGGAGCGUAUGGAAAACUAACGUUUGAAUUAACCAUCUUCUCUGUUGAAUCAAGCGAUUAUGGUUCCUACGAAUGCAUUGCAAAAACAGUUUUGGGGCAAACUUCAAAGUCAAUAGAGCUUUACGAAACGACUGAACCACAAAUAGAUAAAGGUGGGAAGACAUCAUUUAGCUGCAGGGGGUCUGUGUUUUUUGAUCAUUUUUAA